AGUAUAAGCCGCUGACUGCGCCCCUUUCGACGUCAAAAGGGGCUGCCCGUGGUGAGAAGAAACGCCCCCGGUCCAAAAACGACAACCAUGUACCCGUGGAGCUCGUCCUCAUACGGCGGCCAAGUGCCCAUUGCCGCCAACGCCCGGACCAUGCCGAAUGGUUUGGAUGACCAGGAGAAGCUACUCGCCGAGGCCAUUGGGGCGGCGAGAAAGCAGGCCUUUCAGAUGAACCACUUCCUGGACAAAGAACGCAUGCUGGACUCACUCAAGUGCGCCAGCACCAUGUUGAGUGAGCUGAGAACCUCGCUGCUCUCCCCCAAGAGCUACUAUGAGUUGUACAUGGCUGUCACCAAUGAACUGUGCCACCUUGAGCUGUACCUCAGCGAGAAGAGCGACAAGAAGACAGAUCUGUACGAACUGGUCCAGUACUCGCACACCAUUGUUCCACGGUUAUAUCUCCUUAUAACCGUGGGCAUUGUCUACAUUAAGAACGACUCCACCCUAAAGCGCAGUAUUCUCAAGGACCUGGUGGAGAUGUGCCGCGGUGUACAGCAUCCACUGAGAGGUCUUUUCCUGCGCAACUAUCUGCUGCAAUGCACUCGUAACAUCCUGCCCGACGUGAUGGUGGCGGAGAACGAGCACGAGGGCAAUGUGUACGAUGCUAUUGACUUUGUUCUGACCAACUUUGCCGAGAUGAACAAGUUGUGGGUCCGCAUGCAGCAUCAGGGUCACUCCAGCGAGAAGACUCGACGAGAGAAGGAGCGCGAGGAACUAAAGAUCCUGGUGGGCACUAACCUCGUACGACUGUCGCAGCUGGAGUCGGCUACUUUGGAGACCUACCAGAGACUCAUUUUGCCGGGCAUUCUGGAGCAGGUGGUCAGUUGUCGGGACGCCAUUGCUCAGGAGUACCUUAUGGAGUGCAUCAUUCAGGUUUUCCCCGACGAGUUCCACCUGCAGACACUCGAUCCCUUCCUAAAGUCUUGUGCCCAGUUGGAGACCGGCGUGAACGUGAAGAAUAUCAUUAUAUCGCUGAUCGAGCGGCUGGCUGCCUACAACCAGCGAAGUGGCAAGACUAGUGGCAAUGCUAUUGAUGCCAUUAUACCUGCCGAGGUGGAGCUGUUUGAAGUAUUCAGUGUCCAAGUUGCCAAUAUUGUGCAGACCCGAAUGGACAUGCCCUUGGAGGACACCAUAUCGCUGCAGGUUGCUUUGCUAAGUCUAGCUCAGAAGGUGUACCCCGAUCGCGUUGACUAUGUGGACAAAGUGCUGGGCACAACUGCACAAAUUCUGCAGCGUAUGAACAUGAACAACAUCUCCCAUCUGUUGUCCGUAAACCAGGAGCUAUCCCGCCUCCUGCGCAUCUGUAUCGACUUCUACAACAACGCCUUGACCAUCAUCCAACUGCACAACUUCUGCCCGCUGCUCGAAAAGUUUGAUUACACCUCCCGUAAAUCGCUGGCACUUUACCUAGUUAUGAAUAUUUUGGACAACGAGACGGUGGUUCCCAUGGCUGAUCAGGCAGAUAGUCUGCUGACCAUUAUCACGCCGUUGAUAAAGGACGAUGAUACGAACAAAGACAACACAGCAGCAGCAGGAAACACAAGUCUAGAUGCCGAGGAGUUUGCAGAGGAACAAGGAGUUGUGGCACGAUUCAUUCACCUUAUGCGCUCUGACGAACCUGACAUGCAAUACAAAAUGCUGCAGACCGCCCGCAAGCAUCUAGGAAAUGGUGGAGGACAACGACUUAAACAUGUCCUACCUCCACUCGUGUUCGCCGCGUACCAAUUGGCUUUCAAAUAUAAAGCGAUCGCCGAGCAGGAUGAGAACUGGGACAAAAAGUGCCAGAAGAUCGUACAGUACUGCCACAGCACCAUCAGUGCGCUGGCCAAGGCUGAUCUUGCCGAUCUGGCUCUGCGUCUUUAUCUGCAAGGUGCCCUGGUUAUCGGGGAGAUCGGCUAUACAAACCACGAAACUGUUGCAUAUGAAUUUAUGACCCAGGCCUUUUCACUUUACGAAGAUGAGAUUUCCGACUCUAAGGCCCAGCUUGCAGCUAUAACACUUAUUAUGUCCACCUUCGAACAGAUGUCCUGCUUUGGCGAGGAGAACGCUGAGCCACUGAGAACGAAUUGUGCGCUUGCCGCCUCCAAGUUGCUGAAAAAACCUGAUCAAUGCCGCGGAGUUGUGGCUUGUGCCGCUCUCUUUUGGAGUGGAAAGCAAAACGGCGAAGAGAUGCGGGAUGAGAAGCGGACCUUGGACUGCUUGAAGAAGGGCGCUCGCAUUGCCUCGCAAUGCUUGGAUACCGGCGUUCAGGUGCAACUGUAUGUAGAGCUACUGAAUCACUAUUUAUUCUACUUCGAGCGUGGAAACUCCCUCAUUACCGUGGCCAUGCUUAACCAGCUGAUUGCCAAGGUCAACGAGGAACUACCUAAUCUGGAACCCAGCGAGGAGACGAAACAGAUCGAGAGUCAUUAUAAGAACACGCUGGCGCACAUACGCAGUCGCAUGGAGUCCACUGAUUCGGCGUUGGAGGUCUCCUUUGCUGGCAUCACCCUCAAUUAGCCCAGCCCACCCACAUCGGACAUCCCUAGCAAGCAACCCAGAGCUGAAAGCCUGCAGAUCAUUCGACCAGGCCCGUUUUUAUACUGCUAGUAAUCAGCUUGUAGACCAUUCAGAACCUCUGCGAGAGUAUCAAAAUUGCUUGUGCGAGAAAUGAAAUUCCAUAGUUGGGAAAGUUGUGGGCCUUAGACCAACAUUUGUUUUGUCAAUUUGAUUUCGAUCGUAUUCGUAAGUGCAAAGUAAAAACAUUCUCCAUUAUUUUCCCGAUUUAUUUAGUCUAUUAGCUAUGCAUAAAUAACCCCAGAGGAUUUUUACUUUACUACUCUAUUUAAUCCCCUACCCUAUCCUAAAAGAUUAUGUGAAAAUAUUGUUAAACAAAAAUUAUACAAUCUUACAUACCAUUAUCGAAUUGAUUUAUGAAUCGCCACGCGCUACGUAUAAAUAUGUAUUAAAAAUAAAGUUAAGACCAAAUUGUUUUCGCAAACAAUUUGCCUGGAUGUGUGGCCUGGACUAAAGUGAAUCAAAAUUCGUCAUCGAUAAACAUGUAAAGUAAUUCGUUUAUUAAAAAUAUAUAAACCGACUAA